AUGACAGACGACGACGAUCAGGCGACCGGCUGGGAGUUCGAAGCGUUCAAGAAGGACUACCUGGCGAGGAGAUGCAGCCUGACACUUCUGACGCCCGUGCAUGCCCCAGAGCCUCCGAAGAGAGAACCCGUGUAUACACGCAUGUAUGUCGCGCAACUGCGCCUGGAAAACCUCCCCGACAACCGCACCUCGACGGGACACGACCCCGCCCUCCGGCGCGAAGCCAAGAACACCCCGACGGAAGAAGGCAUCACGGCCCCCAAAAAGCCACUGCCGCGCCAGCCACGAUGGACGGCCGACGACGAGAGAGACCUGGAUCGAGCUUUCCAGCGAGCAGAGGCCGACAGAGCCGCCGAGGCAACACCGCCAAGAAACGAAGCCGUGGAAGCGGCAAAGCUCGCAAGGAAUGCCGCGGAACCAUCUCACGAAGGACCGGCCGCGCGACGAGGGGGGGCCGAGGCGGGCUCCGACCACGACACGGAGCCCGGACCCAGCGUCGAGGAGCACUUUCGGGGCACGCUGGCCAUCAAGAAGAUGUCAGGCGACGGCAACUGCCUCUUCCACGCGCUCGGAGAGAACACCGGCGAGAGCGGGGCAUGCCUCCGAGCCCUAAUCAUCCAGUACCUCAGAGAGAACGCAGAAGCCGAAGAAGACGAAGAGCAAGUGCAGGCCUGGAUACAGGAAAGCCAAUACCUCCAAAGCGAUCCGGGUCACUGGGGCGGCGACACGGCCAUCAUCGCUUUCACCCGCAUGAGGCAGCAGCGAGUCCUUUUGCACUGGCGGGCGCCAAACGGCGACAUCCUCACAACCGACACGCACUCGGACGUGGACAAAGCAGCCCAACGCGGGCCGCACGCAGCACCGAACGCCACGGAAGUGAUCCAUCUCUGGUACAACGGCAGGGACCACUACGACCUGCUGGUGCCCAUAGACCGAGCACC